UUGAGAGCGCUGGCACAAUUGCUUGGGCCAUACGGUGUAAAGUACAUGAGUGAACGAUUGGUGUGGCAUGUGGCAAGUCAAAUCACCGAGCUGAACAAGAUCGUCAAUGAGCAUCGUGAUGCACUGCGAUUGGCAAGGAGUUGCUUUGAUAAGCCGGACAAAAUGCGUGAAUUGUUGCUGCAACUAAGUGGUGAUGUAAAAGAUAAAAAACAAAUUGCUGUGAGCGGUCCGAUGGAGUCUGUGCUACAACGCGUUACUAUCAUUGGUGAAAUUUUAUCAUUUCAUUCACUUCUGCAUGCUGCACUUCAUGACGUGCUCGAACGCCGCUUGCCGUUUCUGGUAUCGAUCGUGAAAGAUUUGUACGACUCGACAGAUGAACACAAUCGAUUGGUAAAAUCGUUUAAAAUUGACUCGUGA